AUGUACGCGGGGAAGCGCUUUACCUCGCCGUUUAGUUCGAUGCCUCCUCAUUCACAGUCGACCUUGACGGGGGAACGUGGCCGGCAACGAAUGGCAGGUGCCGCCAUCUCUGCUGCAUCCUACAGCCAGCCAAGGCGACCGGCGGCAAGUCGUGCAGCGUCAAGUAAUGCGUGGAGUGCGGCGGCAUGGGGUGGAAUGAGUGAGCCACACACGGAGCGGAGGCGGGCGGCGUCUAGCGGCGGGAGGCAGCGUGGGGGUUACAGUAGAAAGGCCAACAUUCAUCCAGUGGGUGGCAUCGCCUCUGAUGCACGGCGUGCUAGUUUUACGAAGGGGAUGGGAUUUUUGCCCGACGGCAACUCUUACAUGGCGUCCUCGACGAGUAUUCCCAACAGCUACAGCCAGCAGAGCAGCAAUGAGAACGGCUACCAGGUGCGACACCUCCUUUCGGAGUUGGUGGAGAUAAGCCAAGCGUUAGCCGCGUACUUGCAGGAUGGUUCCCCUCCUAGAAUGCAGCAGCCGCAGCAGGCGUCACCGCGUAGCGUCAAUGGCGGGGCAAAGAGCGGACCGCACUCUCAACAGCAGGCAACGCUAAAGGCACAGGAGAUUGAGCGUAUCGUGAAACGUGUCGAGAGCCACUUUGCGGCCAAGAUUGCGUCCAUGGAACAGAGGGAGAAGGAACAAGCUGCAGUCAUUGCCGAACUAAGAAAGGAGCUUCGGCGAUACCUACAGCAAGAAGGACCGAUUUCCACUACUUUGCCAGCCGGCAAAAACAGGGAUCUUGGAACCUCGUCUCGUCCUGAUCUACAUCCUGCGGGUGCUGCUUACGGUGCACGCACUACCACUACCACUACCGCCACUACUAGUAAUGGUGCUGCUGGUGACGUUCAUAGUGAGCAGGUCACCGAGGUGGAACACCUCCGCUGCAUGUUACAGGAGGAAAAACGUCAGCGCCUUUUUGUGGAGGAGCAAACGCAGUCCCUUUCAGAGCAGCACGGACGCGUUGUUAUGACCCUUGAGCGACGACUGCAGAAGCAGGAGGAGCAGCUGCGUGAGCUGAUUGCCUCGCUGGACCACCGGGCGCAGUUUGCGCCACCGUCGCCAAACUCUCGCUCUCCAGCGGCGUCACAGCUUUCACACGCAGCCGCGGUAACGUCGCCGCGGCUGAGUUUGAGGCAACAGUUGACGCAACACGAACAGGCGCAGCGAGCCUUUGACACGUAUCAUCAAAACCCUCGUGGUGCUCACGGGCUAAACACAAGUACUCGAGACACUCUCUCUGCUGAUAACAGCCGAAUGAAUCCUAAUCGUGACACCGGUGCCGCCCUUGAUGGCGAUGACUUUUUAGUAGACCUCGGUCUUGCCGAGCCAAAGCCCGGAAUGCGUACCGAAAGUGACCCACACAAAUCCGGUCAAGAAGCAGUAACUUCUUCACUUCUGAAGCAGUCACCUCCCCAACCCAAAUCUCGGGAGCAGUAUCAAGAGCAACAACGGUCUCAGCAGCAGCUGUAUAGUGUAAAACAUGCCACUAACGUGAUGGAUGCUGAUGCAACCAAAGCGGCUGCGGAAGUAGACGACAUUGCCGCCUUCUUGGACAACAUCACCCAGGAACUAGAGAGCAUUGACGCACUGGGGCAGGAAAGUGAAGGGGAAAUCUAG